UGCUACGUAACAGAUAAUGAGACCUUGUAGGCUGGUUAUUUACUAAGUUUUCGGCGCAGUAUCGAGUGCUCAUUAUGAAUAAUGUCAUUAGAACCAGUUGGCGUGACGCUGCGACGUUAAUAGUGCUCAGUAAGAAGAAGGUUGUGGUUCCGCGUGAGGGUGUAAACUACGACAUACUGUUCCAGACACGUACGGCGAGCGCAUCGUUCGCAAACAGCGUCGUGUUCCCCGGGGGUGUUACUGAGCCCUCGGACGCGAGUGACGAGUGGCUGAAGUUGUUUAGGAGUUUCGGCUACGGCCAGAGGCACUUUGAGGCAUUCCACGGCCCCGGGGCUCCGGUCACACCGAUACUACGUGAUAACCCCGUCAAAAGACACAUUGCAUUGCGGAUAACUGCAAUCCGAGAGACGUUUGAAGAGCUAGGCCUUCUCCUGGCUAGUACAGAACAUCAGAAAAACAGAAGCAGCCUCUCAGCUAGUGUCCUGCCAGAUCUUGAUGUUCAGCAUUGGCAGAGCAAGAUAAGCAAGAACCCUGAGGAGCUCCUAACCCUCUGUAAGACACUCGGCUGCUACCCCGACAUCUGGUCUCUACACUACUGGAGCAACUGGCUGACUCCGCUACACUUUCCGAAGAGUGGGCCAGCCCUGACGAUAUCCUAGCAAAGUACCACAGGAGCGAGCUGGUACUCUUCCCACCACAGAGCUACGAGUUGAACCGCCUACGUCUCGCCCCGGACUGCGAGGAACUCAUACGGUUCGCGGCGAAACGGAGCUCAGAGGGGAAUGCCCUGCUGUACCCCGUGA